AUGCCGUGCAGUUUAAAAGAUGAGUGUGAUUCUCUUCUCCGAUGUGAAAGCGAUUUGGCACGUCGUCUGGUUCUGAGACCUUUAGCUCCCUCAGAUUUACCUGAUGUUCGUGCUAUUUGUGCUGCUUCUUUUCCUAUCAAAUAUCCAGACUGUUGGUACGAAGAGGUAGUAUCGGGCUCUCUAAUCAGCCAUGGCUUGUUUGAUGGUAGUCGUCUAGCUGCUAUAAUGGUUUCGGAAACCAAGAAGAUAUUGCACUGCAACGCAGAAGAUCGAGAAAUACUAGCAGACGCAAGCUCUCAUGUCGUUUAUAUUUUGUCUUUAGCUGUUAACAUUGAAUAUCGUCGAAGUGGAUUAGCUUCAAGGUUAUUGAAUCAUCUCUUAGACACCAUAAUUGAGAAUCCUCCGUAUCCCAGAGCUGUCUUUCUUCAUGUCCUCUCUACCAACUUAGCUGCUAUUUCGUUUUAUAAAACGAAUGGCUUCAUCCAUCAUGAUACACUCCUAAAUUACUAUCGGCUUGAGAGUGGUUAUGGAGAUGGUUUCACCUUUGUGAAGUACACUAAUGGAGCCAGACCUCCGAUGUCUUUCAACACCCUUUGUCGAAUGCUGGGGGAAGCUGUUUGUUUUCCUGUUAAGAAACUCUGCAGAUUCUUUUCAUAUUCAUAG